AUGAAUAAAGGUGGCUUGGAAGAAGCUAAUCGAAUACUCAGUUUAGCGCUUGAAGAGCUCAAUUUUAUCGUUGAUGGUGCUGAACAGAAAGGUGGCAUUGAGAUUGCUGAAACGAUUUUUGAAACGAAACGACAAAUGAAUAAUAAUGACAAUAGCGCCCCAGAAAAAGCUAAUGUUUCAGUAGGUGAUGUACAGGCAUUAAAUUGGAAUUCGUCGGUGAAUAAUUGGAUGGAUUAUGAAAACGAUGAUCAUCGAGAUUCAGGUACAAGUAGCAGUGAUGGCAUGCCUACUUCAGAUGCUCCUACCUCAUCUACUACCUCAACUAACAUCAGUAUUUUUGAUACCCUUCUGCAGGCAAUUGAUCGAAACGAGAUAUCAAGUAGGCCUGAUCUAGAAACUCGAUUGAAAAUUAUGAAUUGGUUAUGUGCUACGGAGGAAAUUAGCAAAUUGUCUUUUUUCGGGAAAUCAUGGAAGACAAUGUGUGAACUGAAUAGCUGGCCCUGA